CCGCCCCUUCCCGCCCUCUAUAAAACCUCUGCCUCUUUCCUCCCAGCGCUGAAACGUCCCGUUCCGGCGGCUCCGGUACCCAGGGUCUCGCCUGUCACCGCUUGCAGGCCGGACGCUGGGCCAACACCUGUGGCUUCACGUGCGCACCCCCUCGCAUCUGAAGUCAUAUCUGCAGCCACCUCGGCCCCAGAAUCCACGCUGAGGUGGUUUCAAGUCUAAUCCACAUUUGUGACCCUGCAUACCUGGUUACACCUGUGACACCUGGCCUCGAUACCUGUGGCCACAACUGACACAGAACCUCGAUCUCUCCGGUUGUAAAGGCCAUAGCCUCUCACAGCCCCUGACCCCAACCUCGCAGCAGGAGUCAUGGCCACGUCCCCCGAGAGGGCAGCGCAGCGCAUACGCUUCGGAGAGUGGCUUUUGGGUGAGGUCAGCAGUGGCCGCUACGAGGGGCUGCGGUGGCUGGACGAGGCGCACACUGUCUUCCGCGUGCCGUGGAAGCAUUUUGGUCGCAAGGACCUGAGCGAGGCCGAUGCACGCAUCUUCAAGGCCUGGGCAGUGGCCCGAGGCCGGUGGCCGCCCAGCAGCAGUGCGGGUGGUCCGCCUCCACCCGAAGCUGAGGCUGCAGAACGAGCCGGCUGGAAAACCAACUUCCGUUGUGCGCUACAUAGCACGCAGUGCUUUGUGAGGAAGAAGGACAAUUCAGGGGACCCCGUUGACCCGCACAAGGUGUAUGCAGUCAGCCUGGAGCGGGGAUGCAGAGAAGGUCCAGCCACAAACCUGGGGGAGGAAGAGCCACUAAGAGGUGCCCCGCCCACACAGGGAAGCACUUACUCCACUGAGCCAUCUCCCCAGCCUUUGGGGCUGCUUCUGCCAAGAGAUGCUGAGCCCACUGGUCCAAACCGUCUACCCACCCAGGAUGGUGCUAUAGGGAACCUCCUGCUCCAGGUUCUGCAGCAGAGUUUCCUGGGGGAAAACUUGCAGGAAGCUAAGCUGGUGACUGUAAACCCAGCCGCCCCACCGCAGGCUCCUGGCCUGGUGAAGCCUCCUGAGGAGCCACUUGCAGCAUGGGCAGUGGAGCCCAUGUCCUGCCCUAAGCCACAGUUCCUGGCCCUGGCAACAGAGCCUAGCCCAGGGGCCCUGGAUGUGACCAUCAUGUAUAAGGGCCGAACAGUGCUGCAGAAAGUGGUGGGGCACCCCAGCUGUGUGUUCCUGUACAGCCCUCUGGGGGUAGGCAGCGAGGCCCUGCAGCCCCAGCACGUGUUCUUUCCUAGCCCUGCUGAGCUGCCAGACCAGAAACAGCUGCAUUACACGCAGAAGCUGCUACAGCAUGUGGCCCCUGGGCUGCAGCUGGAGCUGGGUGGUGUGGCACUGUGGGCCCGGCGCAUGGGCAAGUGCAAGGUGUACUGGGAGGUGGGCAGCCCACAGGGUUCUGCCAGCCCCUCCACCCCAGCUCGGUUGCUGGAGCGCAACUACAACACCCCCAUCUUUGACUUCAGCACCUUUUUUCGAGAGCUUGAAGAGUUCCGGGCCCGGCAGCGCCAAGGAUCACCCCACUAUACCAUCUACCUGGGCUUUGGGCAGGACCUGUCAACAGGGAGGCCCAAGGAGAAGAGCCUGAUCCUGGUGAAGGUGGAGCCAAGACUGUGCCGGACAUACCUGGAGGUUGUGCAGCGUGAGGGUACAUCCUCCUUGGACAGCAGCAGCCUGGGCCUGUGCCUGUCAAACACCAGCAGUCUCUAUGAUGACAUUGAGCAUAUCCUCAUGGAGCUGGAGCAACCAGCUGCCCUAGGCUGGAACCUCUGACCCCAAUAAAGAGCCAAGAGCCAGU